AUGGCGCUAUUACUCUUGAUGAUCGCCUGCUUCUCAGCGGUCGUGCACGCACAGUCAAAUUAUGGAUCACAGGCGAACAAUAUCGAAUAUCAAGGAGACGGUCUACCGGAGCAGACGGUUCUUGAUGGAAAGGUGACCAAAUUAGAUGACCUCAGUCCAGUCAUAUUCUUGAACCGGACGAAAGCUACACUGAAUUGCGCUGCUGGUUCUAUGCAGAUCGAAUUAAAGUUCAAUGAGAAAUUCUAUGGCAUCGCGUACGCAGACUUCGAUCGUCAUUCAGCUUGCCAGGUCGCAGGCAAGGGAGCCACCUCUUAUAAACUAGAGCUGCCACUCAAAGGAUGUGGAACAAAACAGGAUCCAUUGCGGGUUUUCACAAACAACAUAGUGGUCCGAUUCCAUCCAGGACUGGAAAUGGAUGGUGAUGAAGUAAUCACUAUCGUCUGCCGCUACCCACCUCCCAUUGUACCAGUCUUCAAGCCUCUCAUAUACACGCCUGAAGCUAAAGGGCCUCUUCCGGCAAAGGCCCCCUUAGCUGGUACCCACAUCCUCUUGAUAAUCUGCGCCAUCCUGUUCCUCACUCUAUUACUCUUGGGGCUCGGUGUGUCAUACUUGUGUCUGAACCGACGCACGUUACCGGCGCCCAGGAGGCUUAUUGAUGAUUCAUCCGCUUCCAUCAUCAGCAGGGAGAGUAUACAAGAGGUGAAGAUCCCCCGCGCGCACCCUGUAUACCCAGCAGCGGCUGAGAGUGCGAGCGUGGCCUCCGACACGCUGCCUUCAGACUACCCCUCGGAGACUCCCAGCGAAGCUGACCACACACACGCCAACCAGGCGUUCAUGAUAGACGACUACCAGAGCGAGGGCUAUGGGGAGUCCCACGAAACAAGUCUGACCCACUCUCGUCUAGCUGGAGCGGCGCCACCAGCCUUUGAUGUACGAGUGAGGGUUCAACGACCUCCCGCACCACCGUCACCAGUAUCUACCAUUACUACUACUGAGGUUGACGGUGGUAGCAUCAGACAGCAGACUCUGGUGGAGGAACACGAGAGACAGGAGUCCGUCCGUACAGUGUCUCCUGGAGCCCUACCACUGCCAGCACGAGCAGUACACGCCUCACCACCUGAGAGACCACCGCGACCACCCGCCUUAUACACCGAGGUCCAUAGGGAGAGACAGGAAUGGUCCCGUCGUCCGCGGUCCAUCGCCUCUCUCAACACGGAGAUGACGGACACUCACUCGGUCACCGAGGUAACUGACCGGUCACAUGCCAGAAUGUUCCAUAUCAAGAAACCACCUCCACCACCACCCGUGAUGACGGAACGUUUGGAGACAGAGGAACAGGAAAUGUUGAUGGAGAGCCUCGAACCCAUCCCCGAGACACCUAUCAUGCCGGCGAGGAAACCAGAAAUAACAUCACACGUGGUGGACGACGUGUUCCUUCGAACUAUCACCGAGAAGAAAACGAUCGAAGACAUCGAACGUCACAAACGUCUGGUGACUGAGUACCGGCAGGUGCCGCACGUGCCGCAGUUUGACGUCACCAUAAGGAACCACACGCAGCCGGAGGCACAGUGGGAGAACUUCUCAGACAUCAGCAGUGCGUCCGGUAUGACAUUGACGCCGAAGAUGGAAAGAGUACCACUUUCAUUGCCACCGCAGAAAUUUAUUGGAAAAGGAGGUCCAGAUCUCUUCUCUCCUGAGCUGAUUAAACAGACAGACGCGGUAUACUCACCGUCAUCGCCUGAUUUACCGUUACUACCAGAACUGCCUCCAGCUCGUAAUCCACUUUAUAGAGAAGAAGACGACGAAGAUGUUCCGGAGCCCAUCCCGUCUCCUCCCGUCCCACAGAAUUGGAGCGUGUUGACUAGGGUGCUGAAGACUGAAGCGCAAGAUGAGGUGCUAUCAGAAUCUGAGCGUGUCCACCGCCUAACUCGUGAGGAGCGUCUCCGUUGGCGCGAGCUCAUCACUCAUGAGAGCACGUUGCGGCGAGAGCUCGCCUCCUCCUCCUCCAGGGAUGACUUCACUCGCGUAUCUCGAGAUCAUCGUUACGCUCCCUUGUACACGCCACCCAAGUGGGAGGUUAUUAUACGUAUCCUGGCGCCACCACCCGAUAAACCGAAGAACCGCUACCGCAAGAAGUCUGAGUGGGAGUCUCGUUCAAGAAGGAGUUCUCUGCCCACACUGUAUGAGUACGACAGUGACGCCACCUCGCUGAGGGAGCCGCAACGAUCACGGCGGUCAUCCUACCGCAGUGAUCACGUGGACAUGAGAUCUAUGUCUGAGAUGAUGGUGGACUACGCGAGGGAGCAGGCGGACACACACUCAGAAGUGUCCGCUGGGACUCUGCUCGGCCGAUACUACGACGAUGACAGCGACUCCGAGCACCAUUACAACCAGCAUCCUUCGUGGCGUAACUCUCUACACCGCUCAGUGAGUCAGCCGUCUCUCGCUCGCUCCGCCACAGAGCUCACGGAACGAUGGACGGCCCCCGACGGUGACGUCACACCCACACCACCGAGACGAAACAGAGGAGCUCAAGGAAUGACAACCUUCACGUCAUCUGAAGUGCGCACGUUCCAGGCGUCUAGGGAAUGGAGGGAAUGA